GCAAGCAGUAGCUGGUUGUGAUGUGGAGGCAGUUGCUUAGUGAUGAUAACUUACCAAGUGUCCUCUUCCGACCCGCAUCGGCCUCCGCAGUCUUUCACCCGCCGCGGAAGCUUGUUGCUUCCCCCAUCAUUCACCAUCGCCUCCCGCUUUCAUCAUCGGCAGUACGACCUGCCCUCCUUCUCUCUUCCACCGAUUCCAUCCACCACAACACACCCACAAAGAAAAGAAAAGAAAAGAUGGUCCGCCUCACCCAUCUAACCAGCUACCUCGCCCUCGUCGCCUCCGCGACGGCUGCCGUCGUCGACCUUGUCCCCGGAAACUUUGAUGACAUUGUCCUGAAGUCCGGCAAACCGGCGCUGGUCGAAUUCUUCGCCCCCUGGUGCGGCCACUGCAAGAACCUGGCCCCGACCUACGAGGAGCUCUCGCAGGCGUUCGCGCACGCCACCGACAAGGUGACCGUCGCCAAGGUGGAUGCGGACGAGCACCGUGAUCUGGGCCGGAAGUUCGGUGUGCAAGGGUUCCCAACGCUGAAGUGGUUUGAUGGCAAGUCGGACACCCCGGAGGAUUACAAGGGCGGCCGGGAUCUCGAGAGCCUGUCAGCGUUCAUCACGGAGAAGACCGGCGUGAAGGCCAAGGGUGGUGCUGGUGCUAAGGAGGCGAGCUUGGUGGAGAUGUUGACGGAUGAGACGUUUGGAAAGGUCGUCGGUGGCGAGAAGGAUGUGCUGGUGGCGUUCACGGCGCCUUGGUGUGGACACUGCAAGAGCCUGGCUCCUACAUGGGAAACCCUGGCCAACGACUUCGCCCGUGAAGCCAACGUUGUCAUCGCCAAGGUGGACGCCGAGGGCGAAAACAGCAAGGCCACCGCCAAGGCCAACGGGGUGACCGGAUACCCUACCAUCAAGUUCUUCCCGCGCGGGUCCAAGGAGGCGACCGUCUACUCCGGUGCCCGCUCCGAGCAGGCCUUCAUCGACUUCCUCAACGAGCACGCCGGCACCCACCGCACCGUGGGCGGCGGGCUGAACGCCCAAGCCGGUACUGUUGCGGCGCUGAACGAGCUGGUUGCCGCUGCCGGCGCCGGCUCCGCCACCCUCAAGGACGAGCUGACCAAGGCCGCCACGGGGCUGACCGAUAAGUACGCGCCCUACUAUGUCAAGGUCGCCGACAAGCUGAGCCAAAACGCCGGGUACGUCGCCAAGGAGCUGGCGCGGUUGGAGAAGCUUAUCGCCAAGGGCGGCUCCGCACCCGAGAAGGUGGACGACCUGGUGUCGCGCAGCAACAUCCUGCGCCUGUUUGUCAUUGAUGAUGCUCCCGAGGAGAAGGAUGAGUUGUAGAUGUACAUGAUAUGAUGUGAUGUCGGCCAUAGAAGCAAUGAGCUUAGCUUGGAGAAUGGCAGGCUGGCGCUUGCGGCAGACUGCUUGCUGUCGGGGACUUAUUCUAAUGUCUUGGACUUGUCAAUCCUUGUAUGAUACCAGGGAAUAGCAGAGCAUUGAAUUAUGAAAAUGGUCUUAUGGAA